AUAUAUAUAUAUAUAUACAUUGCUGGCUCCAUCAGACCGCCAAUGGAACCCACUGGGUGUAGGGCACCAUGGGGAUUAGGUAGCCAAGCGGCUGGUCAGCGAGUAGUUUUCGCCCAGCUCUCGACCACAAUGGACACCUUGCUGGCUGGCUGGACGCAGUGCGGCGAUUUGCUGCAGGACAGAUGGAACUCGCUGCUGGACACCGUGGGUGAGGAUUCGUGGCGCCUCUGGGUGGUGGGCAGCACGUUGGUCAUCUUCAUCGUAUACUGGCUAUAUGCGGGCAUCUUCACCCUGAUGGACAUCACAAACCGGCCGCGUUUCCUGCGCAAAUACAAGAUUCAGCCGGGCCAGAAUGAGCCAGUGGAUCUGGCCAAGUUGUGGCAUGCCGUCAAGGUGGUGCUAUUCAAUCUGACGGUGGUUAACUUUCUGGUUAGCUGGUUGGUGUACGAGUUCGUUUACAAAACGGAGAACAGCCAGGACAUCCGGGUGCUGCCCACAUUCAAGCGAUCCCUGCGCGAUUUGGCCGUUUUUGUGGUGCUGGAGGAGAUCAUGUUCUACUAUGCCCACCGCCUCCUCCAUCACAGAUCGGUGUACAAGUAUGUGCACAAGAAGCAUCACGAGUGGACGGCACCCAUUGCCGCCAUCACGCUGUACGCCCAUCCGGUGGAGCAUGUGCUGGCCAAUCUGCUGCCGGUGGCCACCUCCAUUGCCAUCCUGGGCACCCACGUGGCACUGGCCUAUGUCAUUUUCGGCCUGGCCAUUAUCAACUCGAUGAGCGAUCACACCGGCUACAGUUUCCCUUGGUCGGCUGGUUCGGUGCGGUUCCACGACUAUCACCAUGCCAAGUUCAACUACAAUUACGGAGUGCUCGGUCUGCUGGACAAGCUGCAUGGCACAUAUCGCGCGCCCGCGGAGCAAAAGGGUCCUUCGCAAAGGAUUAGGAGGGCCAAGAAGAAUGCCAAGUAAUUCAAUUGAUUGAAUAACUCCCUUUUUUUUGUUAUACUAGUUUUUUAUUGCUUAAAUACAUCAAGGUCAUUAAAAAUAAUUUUAUUCUU